AUGUCUGCAGACAGCUCGGGCGCAAGGAUCGCGCUAUUCACGGAUACACACCUCGGGUUCACUGCCCCGUCUGCACGCCCCUGCAAUGCCCACGAAAACUACCUGCUUCUUGAGGAGUGCCUCUGUCUGGCCCGCAAGCUGGGCGCGCAUGCUAUCCUGCACGCCGGAGACUUCUUCAACCAGAACAGGCUGUCCAGCAAGAAGGUCAUCAAGGCAAUCUGUGCACUGAGACGAUACGGGGUCUCGUCCUUUGCAGGCCACAGCGACGGCGACUCGAUACCCAUGGCCCUCAUCUACGGCAACCACGACAACAACGAUAAGAUUUUGGGCCUCCUGGAGGCGGCCGGGGCGGUGAGUCUCCUGGGGCACACUCAGGCCGGCAAAAGCCUUACGCUCCAUCCUUUCUGCCGGGUAGUUGGCGGUGUAGAGCUCGUCGUGUACGGACUGGAUUACCACAAAGCGUGGCAGAGGGAUGUGGCACCCGAGAUUUCCUUUGCCCCGGCCGCUCGCUCAGCUCUGAAGGACGAAGCGGUGGGGAGAGGCGCUAAAGGAGGACGCAGGCACGCACGAUACACCUUCCUGGUUCUUCACCAAGACUAUUCAGACCAGGUUGGAAGAGACAAGAUCAGCCUUUCAUUCGUCGACCAGUGGAAUCAUACGCAUGCCCCGGAAGAGCGCAUAGACUUUGUGUACAUAGGGCACGAGCACGACGAGACGCCUCCUCGCGACGGGGAGACGUUCACGCUUCUCAUGCCCGGCUCUCCGCAUAGACAAAGCAGGAAGAGAAGCCUUCCCGACUUAUACUUGCUGUCUCUGCCUCUAUAG